GAACGGCUCCCACCCUGUAAACAAGGACAGAAGAACAAAGGUCCCAAAACGGAAAAAAAAUACGUGAGAGUUGAGUUCGAGAGAGUUUUUUCGAAAUGAAGGUAGUGCAUUGGCUUCUGAUGGUGGCCGUAGCCUGGUGGUUGCGACAAGGCGGCGCUCCCCCUGUGCCCGGAAACUGCGAACACCAGUGUGGUGCCGUGCCCGUACCUUUUCCGUUCGGGCUCGAAACCAAUUGUGCGAGGUCCUCAGAUUUUUUGCUCGAUUGCACCAACACCGAAGGGAGCGUUAUUCAACUCCAGUGGGGGAAUCUUACUAUACGCAAAAUCUCGGUCGGGGACUCGACCAUGGUCGUCAGCCUCCCCGAAGUAUACCAGUGCUACGAUCAGAAUGGCCAGCCGGCAAACAAUAGCAAUCCUCUGAUCAUCGAUCUAUCUACAAAUCCUCGGUACAGAUUUUCGGACACCCAGAACAAGCUCACCGUCCUCGGCUGCGACACCAUGACGACUGUGACCGACAAGCAAGGGAAGUUCGGGAGCGGGUGCAUCUCCUACUGCAGCGAAAACGUCGACUUGGCCAAGGAGACCACUUGCUCCGGUCGAGGUUGCUGUCAAGCAUCCAUCCCAAAGGGGCUCCAGUGGCUCAACAUUAGCAUCUCCCCCCUCGACCAGAAAGAGUCGGCCUGGCGGAGCAACUACUGCGCACUGGCCUUCGUGGCGGACAACAGGUCGUUCAAUGUCUCGGGCCGGACUCUCCCGCGGUUCGAGGACGUGGGCAAGGGCGAGGACCUCGUUCUGGACUGGAUGGUCGAACCGGACGUGAAUUGCCUAGACGCCACUAAGCAGCGGAGCUAUGCCUGUGGUAAAAACACAGAUUGUAAGGACUUCGGGAAUGGAACGGGGUACCGUUGCGUUUGCAAGCCUGGGUACUAUGGGAAUCCCUAUAGUCCCUUCGAAGGGUGUAAAGACAUCGAUGAGUGCAAGGAACCUCAAAAAUACCCAUGUCAUGGAAAGUGCAGGAAUACGCCUGGGAACUACACAUGCCAUUGCCGACCUGGAAAGAGGGGCAAGGGUAAAGAACGUUGCCAAGCUUCUCCUUCGGGCAUAGGUUUUGGAGUGAUGGCUGUGUCCGUCUUCGGCGUAACUGUUACUGCUUCAAUGUCGCUCACGAUGAGGUGGAAACUCAGACGGAUCAACUUCAGACGAAAUGGAGGAGAGAUCUUGGAACAACAAGGAGUUCAAAUAUUUCCGGAGGCCAAGCUAGCUGAAGCAACCAACAACUAUGAUGAUAGCAACAAGCUCAGAGAUGACGAUUUCGGUUCCGUCCAUAAAGGGAACAUAGUGGGGGACGACAUAGUCGUGGUCAGGAAGCCUAAAGAUGCGCACAAGUCUCAAAUAAAGGGGGAUUACCAGCGUGAACUUGAAUUUCUGAUGAAAAGAAGCCACAAAAAUGUGGUGAAGCUCAAAGGCAUUUGCUUAGAGACCAAAAUACCAUUGCUGGUUUAUGAAUACAUUCCGAAUGGCACCACCCUCUUCGAACACAUCCAUCAGGAUGAGUCGACCAUCUUAAAAUCAUGGGGAGACCGUUUCAGAAUAGCCGCCGAAGCUGCUCUUGCACUCAAUUAUAUGCACUCCAGCAUAAAACCCCCUAUCGUUCAUGGCAACAUCAAGUCAGCAAACAUAUUUCUGGAUCAAAACUUUUUAGAUCAAAGCUACUCGGCAAAAGUAUCUGAUGUUGGAACUUCGGUACUCUUCUCACCAAAGCAUAGACAUAUCGUAGCCACUCAAAAGCAAGACUCGUUGGGCUACAUCGAUCCAGCAUAUUUAAUCACUGGUACACUAACAACUAAGAGUGAUGUAUACAGCUUUGGCGUUAUCCUUGCAGAGUUGCUCACGCGAAAGGAACUUUUUACUGAGUCCGGGGAUUCGAUCAGUAUGAUCCACCGUUUCAUCUCUUCCGUGAAGGGCAACGCACUCGUCGAUCUCGUAGACUUCGAGGGCGCUAGUGACGAUGAGAUGAAGAGGGUAGAAAUGGUUGCUGAGAUUGCAGUGGAGUGCUUGGACCAAAGCCGCGCGAACAGGCCGGCAAUGAGGGAAGUGGCUCGGCGACUGGCUGCUAUCCACCUUGGCUCGGCAUUUGAAGAAGUCGAAGACUACAUUGAAGAGACCGGAUACGGAGGGGAUGCACAAAAACCUCCCCCCUUCGAGACUUCGGCUUGUGGCGAGGCGUGCGAACGGUGGAUGUCAAACUGUCUUUCCUGUCUGGGAGUGGAUUAAGCGUGUGCCUGAAUCUGAUCCUUUUAUCACCAUAGUGACAUGUCUAUCAGUUGUCCGUAAGGACUUCUAGGGUUUGAUUGUGCAUUUUUGAAUUUGUGUUAUGUUUGCCGUUCGCUUUGGACUUACUUAUGUGCGGAUGCAUGUUUGCUAGUUAAGCUGUGCGUUGAAGUAGACUUAUAGGAGGCUGACAUAUGGCCUUCGACAUUAUUAUAAUCUCUCUGCCCGUUUAUCUUUUCUUCUUUUUCA